UUUUAUUUUAAAAUUCAAAUUAUUUUCAUAUUCUGUUGAUUCAAAGUUAAAAAUGUUUAUUAAAUCAUGACGCUUUUAAAAAUUUAUUCCUUAAACGACACUGAACAGUUACAUAUCUUGGCAAGCUUAGGAGUAGGCGAGCAUAUAGUUGGAAGAGGAGGACUUUUACGUGUAACAGAUCAAAGAGUUUCACGAAAACACGCAGUCAUAAACGUAUCUCCUGAAAUAAUCACUUUAACUUCGGUCCACAUAAAUCCAUGUUUUUUCAAAAAAGCCAACGACAACCGACUGAAUGUAAUUAGAAAAGAUACAAAUCACGAGUUGAGCGAUGGCGAUACAUUUGGUCUACUACCAACAGAAUAUUGGUUCACGGUACUAAUUCAAAGAGACAAGGAACCUCAAAUAAACGGCAAACGUCCAAACGAUGAAAACUGCGAAAAUCUAGAACUCAAAAAAGCAAAAUUAUCAUCACCAAAUCCAAAUGAAGCUUCAACAAGUGGAACAAAUGACCAAAGUAGUACAAUAAAUCUUUCAGAACCACAAACAAAUUCUAACAACUUGCCUGUUAUUACUAAUGUUAGGAGUUUAGCACCUCCUGACAUUGAUAAUCAACUAGAGCCAAUUAAAACUGAAAUAAAAAACGAAGAUUUGAGCACUGAAAGUCCACAAGAUAUGAAACCAAAAAUAGAAAAUGUUAUUGAUGCAAAUGUGGAAAUUAAACAAGAAACUCCUGAGGCUGAAGGACAAGAAGUUGAAGUCAAGAUUGAACCUUUUGAUUUGCCAACGACUAGUGCAGGAUCUGCAAGUGCAAUACCAAUAAUUCCAAUUGUAACACCAAUAACUCCAAUUGUAACACCAAUAACUCCAAUUGUAAUACCAAUAACUGCUCCAGUUAGACCAAAAAGAGAAAAGUGUUGGUAUGCAGCAACAUGUUUUAGGAAAAAUCCCAGUCACAGAGAACAAUUCAGCCAUCCAGGAGACAAUGACUACGCUUCAGAUCCGGACGAAGAUCGUCCAGAUUGUCCAUACGGUGCCAGUUGCUACAGAAAAAACCCCGAACACAGGAAAGAGUACAAACACAGCACAACAAAACCUGCACCAAAACCAAAUACAGCAACAGCCCAAAAAAGGCCAACUACCAAAAAAAAUCCACCUCAAACUCCUGAGGAUGACGAUUUAGAUGAUAGUUAUGAUUACAAUGAUCCGUUUAUAAAUGACGCAUCUAGUGACGAUUAUCAACCAAGUGCCAGCAUCAAUAGCAGCGAUACUGAUUUGGAAGAUUCUCAGGAAAUUGAUGAAGAGUCUCAGGAAUUAAAGCGCACAAUUCGUGAAGCCAAAAAGUUUACUAAAACGAAAAAAUAGACUUGUUGGUUGAUUAUUAAUUUCUAUAGCUCAUUAAAAUUUCCUCAUGAAUUAAUGAAACAACAAGAUUUUUUUUAAAAAAAGUUGUAAAAUUUAUUUUUUGGGAAUAUAUACUAAAAAAAUAAAAUAUAAAUACCUAAAAAAAAAAAGUCAAUCGUCAUCGUCUAUAACAAUACAGUCAAUUGGUUCAGAUUUAAUUUGUACAUUGCCACCGCAAAGGUGUUUUUCUGACUUGCUAUACAAAUUAUUCUUGUGAGUCUCUUUAACUUUUUUAAAAUGACUCAAACUGUGAUUUGCCACUUCAUCUUCUGUCCCCUCAAAGUUGCAUCUAUCACAGCUGAUGAUUUUUUUGCCAUUUGCGAAAACUUCCAUAAUUUUUAAAUCUGAUGAAGCUGAAGACGAUGAUGGCGAUACUGGUUCAUUGGGCAACGAUUUUUCUAUUUUCAUUAUGUUUGGAAAUGUGUUGCAGAUUAUCGAAUGACGUUUGAAUUGGGAUUUCGUUUUACGUUUUGUAUAACAUAGGCAAGGCGAAUUGGGUUUUUUGGUUCGUUCUGGUUUUAUUGAAUCUGUUGAUGAUUCUUGUUCGUAGAUGGCAUCUUCGUCGAUUACUAGCUUGCCUGGACCGUAAGUGUCAUUGUGG